CUCUCUCUCUCUCUCUCUCUCUCUCUGUACUGCUUUCUGUUUUGGUGCAGUGAUCAUAAAAGAGCGAACACAUACACACCUUCUUUCACUCUCGUUCUCUCUAUUUAUUUUCACUCCUCCACCAAAAAGUUUCCUUUAUUACCGUACUUGUGCUUUUCACUCACUCACUAGUCACUACACACAAACCACCAUUGUCAUCUUGCUUGAACUGAAUCGUUCACAGAGUGAGUGUGGUGGUAUAUAUAAAAGAACAGAAAAGAAUGGCUACUAAGAAAGUUGAGAAGAUGGCUUCAAUUGAUGCUCAGCUGAGGUUGCUGGCACCAAGCAAGGUCUCUGAUGAUGAUAAGCUUGUUGAAUACGAUGCUUUGUUGUUGGAUCGAUUCCUUGACAUUCUUCAGGAUUUGCAUGGACCUGAUAUCAGAGAAACCGUUCAAGACUGCUAUGAGCUGUCAGCAGAGUACGAAGGGGAGAAUGAUCCUCACAAAUUGGAGGAACUUGGGAACAUGCUGACUGGUCUUGAUGCUGGGGACUCUAUUGUUGUGGCCAAAUCAUUUUCUCACAUGCUUAAUUUGGCUAACUUGGCAGAAGAAGUUCAAAUCGCCUACCGAAGAAGGAUCAAGCUGUUGAAGAAAGGCGAUUUUGUGGAUGAGAACUCUGCCAUCACUGAGUCAGAUUUAGAAGAGACCUUCAAGAGGCUUGUGAAUCAAAUGAAUAAGACCCCUCAAGAAGUCUUUGAUGCUUUGAAGAACCAGACUGUAGAUUUGGUCCUAACUGCUCAUCCAACUCAGUCUGUUCGUAGAUCUUUGUUGCAAAAGCAUGGCAGGAUAAGGAAUUGUUUGACACAGUUGUAUGCUAAAGACAUAACACCAGAUGACAGACAGGAACUUGAUGAGGCUUUACAAAGAGAGAUUCAAGCUGCAUUUCGUACGGAUGAAAUUCGAAGGACCCCUCCUACACCACAAGAUGAAAUGAGGGCCGGAAUGAGCUACUUCCAUGAGACGAUCUGGAAAGGUAUACCAAAAUUUUUGCGCCGAGUUGACACUGCUCUGAAGAACAUUGGUAUAAAUGAACGUGUCCCAUAUAGUGCUCCGGUUAUUCAGUUCUCUUCUUGGAUGGGAGGAGAUCGUGACGGAAACCCGAGGGUAACUCCUGAAGUUACAAGGGAUGUAUGUUUGCUGGCUAGAAUGAUGGCUGCUAAUUUGUACUUUUCUCAGAUUGAGGAUCUCAUGUUUGAGUUGUCAAUGUGGCGCUGCAGUGAUGAGCUUCGUGUUCACGUCGAUGAACUCCUUAGGUCCUCAAAGAGUGAUGCAAAACACUAUAUUGAGUUCUGGAAACAAGUUCCUCCAAAUGAGCCCUAUCGUGUUAUUCUUGGUGAUGUGAGGGACAAACUAUAUAAUACACGUGAGCAUGCCAGGCAGUUAUUAGCCAAUGGGACCUCUGAAAUCCCUGAAGAGACAACCUUCACGAAUGUUGAACAGUUUCUGGAGCCUCUUGAGCUAUGUUAUAGGUCACUAUGUGCAUGUGGUGACCAACCAAUAGCAGAUGGAAGCCUUCUUGAUUUCUUGCGGCAAGUUUCCACCUUUGGACUUUCACUUGUAAGACUCGACAUCCGUCAAGAAUCGGACAGGCACACUGAUGUUAUGGAUGCUAUUACAAACCACUUGGAGCUCGGAUCUUAUCGAGAAUGGUCCGAGGAACGCAGGCAGCAAUGGCUAUUGUCCGAGCUCAGUGGAAGGCGCCCUCUCUAUGGGCCUGAUCUUCCGAAAACAGAAGAAAUUACAGAUGUGUUGGAAACCUUCCGUGUCAUUGCGGAACUUCCUUCCGAUAGCUUUGGUGCCUAUAUCAUCUCAAUGGCAACAGCUGCAUCUGAUGUGCUUGCUGUAGAGCUUUUACAACGUGAAUGUCAUGUGAAGCAGCCACUAAGAGUUGUCCCAUUGUUUGAAAAGCUUGCUGAUCUCGAGGCUGCUCCUUCUGCAUUAGCCUGCCUAUUCUCUAUAGAUUGGUAUAGAAACCGUAUUGAUGGUAAACAGGAAGUUAUGAUUGGGUACUCUGACUCCGGGAAAGACGCUGGCCGUCUAUCUGCAGCAUGGGCGCUUUACAAGGCUCAAGAAGAGCUCAUAAAAGUUGCUAAGGAGUUUGGUGUUAAGCUUACCAUGUUCCAUGGCAGAGGAGGGACUGUGGGAAGAGGAGGAGGUCCCACUCAUCUGGCUAUACUAUCUCAGCCACCAGACACUAUCCACGGCUCGCUUAGAGUAACAAUUCAAGGUGAAGUUAUUGAACAGUCAUUUGGAGAAGAGCACUUGUGCUUCAGAACACUUCAGCGUUUCACUGCUGCUACACUGGAGCACGGAAUGCAUUCUCCUGUGUCGCCAAAGCCAGAAUGGCGUGCUCUCAUGGAUGAGAUGGCUGUCAUUGCUACAAAGGAGUACCGCUCUGUUGUCUUCCAGGAACCACGUUUUGUUGAAUACUUCCGAUGUGCAACUCCCGAGUUGGAGUAUGGAAGAAUGAACAUCGGCAGUCGUCCAUCAAAACGAAAGCCAAGUGGAGGAAUAGAAUCUCUCCGUGCUAUACCAUGGAUCUUUGCAUGGACUCAGACAAGGUUUCACUUGCCUGUAUGGCUUGGCUUUGGGAAGGCAUUUAAGCAUGUAAUUGAGAAGGAUCCAAAGAAUCUCCAAAUGCUUCGCGAUAUGUAUAACCAAUGGCCUUUCUUUAGGGUCACCCUUGACUUAGUUGAAAUGGUGUUUGCAAAGGGAGACCCUGGGAUUGCAGCUCUAUAUGACAAACUCCUAGUGUCAGAAGAACUAUGGCUGUUUGGUGAGCGUUUAAAGUCUAAAUAUGAAGAAACCAAGAGCCUUCUCCUCCAGGUUGCUGGGCACAAAGAUCUCCUUGAAGGAGACCCUUACCUAAAGCAAAGACUUCGGAUUCGUGAUUCUUACAUCACAACUCUCAACGUCUUGCAAGCCUACACUCUGAAGCGAAUCCGCGACCCUGACUACCAUGUGAACUUGAAGCCUCACCUGUGCAAGGAUUACACUGAAUCUAGCAAGCCGGCGGCAGAGCUUGUUAAACUCAACCCGAAAAGCGAGUAUGCCCCUGGUUUGGAGGAUACCCUCAUCCUGACAAUGAAGGGUAUAGCUGCUGGCAUGCAAAACACUGGUUAAGCUUCCACGGCUGUGUUGCUCUGUUUAUUAUUAUUGUUAGUGUUGAUAACAUUGUGAUAUUGCCAUGUUGGGUACUUGUAACACAUGUUGUCUUACUAGAGAUGUGAACCUGCAUCAAAAUAACUUUCUUUAUAUAUGUUAUCAUGAAAUAAAAUUAUGUUUUUAGCCCGAGCCA